ACGUGGCGGCCACGGAGCAUCCGGGCUCCCGGCGGCGGCGCUGCGGAGGCUCGCUGGAGAGGCGGCACGCAGGUGAGCUGGCAGCGGUGCGGCCGGCGCCUGAGCGCCGCGCGUCCAGACCAUGGCGGGCUCCCUGCCUCCCUGCGUGGUGGACUGUGGCACCGGGUAUACCAAGCUUGGCUACGCAGGCAACACUGAGCCACAGUUCAUUAUUCCUUCAUGUAUUGCCAUCAGGGAGUCAGCAAAGGUAGUCGACCAAGCCCAAAGGAGAGUGUUGAGGGGAGUUGAUGACCUUGAUUUUUUCAUAGGGGAUGAAGCCAUUGAUAAACCUACAUAUGCUACCAAGUGGCCUAUACGACAUGGAAUCAUUGAAGACUGGGAUCUUAUGGAAAGGUUCAUGGAACAGGUAGUUUUUAAGUAUCUUCGAGCUGAACCGGAAGACCAUUAUUUUUUAAUGACAGAACCUCCGCUGAACACCCCAGAAAAUAGAGAAUAUCUUGCAGAAAUUAUGUUUGAGUCAUUUAAUGUCCCAGGACUCUACAUUGCAGUUCAGGCAGUGCUGGCCUUAGCAGCGUCCUGGACAUCUCGACAAGUUGGCGAGCGCACGUUGACAGGGAUAGUCAUUGACAGCGGGGACGGCGUCACCCAUGUGAUCCCAGUGGCAGAAGGUUAUGUAAUUGGAAGCUGCAUCAAACACAUCCCGAUUGCAGGUAGAGAUAUUACAUAUUUCAUUCAACAGCUGCUAAGGGAGAGGGAGGUGGGAAUCCCUCCUGAGCAGUCACUGGAGACCGCAAAAGCCAUUAAGGAGAAGUACUGUUACAUUUGCCCGGAUAUUGUAAAGGAAUUUGCUAAGUAUGACAUGGAUCCCCGGAAGUGGAUCAAACAAUACACGGGUAUCAAUGCAAUCAAUCAGAAGAAGUUCAUUAUAGAUGUUGGUUACGAAAGGUUCCUGGGACCUGAGAUAUUCUUUCACCCAGAGUUUGCCAACCCAGACUUCAUGGAGUCCAUCUCGGAUGUUGUCGAUGAAGUAAUACAAAACUGUCCCAUUGAUGUGCGACGCCCGCUGUAUAAGAAUGUCGUUCUUUCAGGAGGCUCCACAAUGUUCAGGGAUUUUGGACGUCGAUUGCAGAGAGAUUUAAAAAGAGUGGUGGACGCCAGGUUAAAACUAAGUGAAGAGCUGAGUGGCGGCAGAAUCAAGCCUAAGCCCGUGGAAGUUCAGGUGAUAACACAUCAUAUGCAGCGCUAUGCCGUGUGGUUUGGAGGCUCAAUGCUGGCUUCCACCCCGGAGUUUUUUCAGGUCUGCCAUGCCAAGAAGGACUAUGAAGAGUACGGCCCUGGCAUCUGCCGUCACAACCCUGUCUUCGGAGUCAUGUCUUAGUGUCCGCCGGGAUUAUCGUUCGAUCGUGCCAUAUUGGGGAGCAAGUGUCCUUCGGAACCCAGAGAAGAGUGCAGUUUCUGUACAUAACAGCGUCCGGUGUUGGUGUCCGAGCAGUGUGCGUGCAUUGCCCAGUGCAUGAGGCACAGUGCAGAGUCUUUUCAGUACAAGCCAUUUAUUUAUGUGCCGACUGUUGUAUGCCCGUUCCUUUUUCCCUCACACCCCACUUCCUGCUCCCCCCAUUUUCUCUCCUCCUCGCCACCCGAGCUUCUAGUUGACAGAUGCAGUUCUGAAGGGAUUCAGAUGCGACUGGAAAAAUUGUUAGGGGAGAAAACACACUAGAAGAUGGUGUGGAAUCGUUCACCCCCAGGAAAUGAUGGGGGUUGUAAACCCUUUUCCUCCCAGCCUAUUUUUGUAAAUAAAAUGUUAUAAACUUGAAAUACAAAUCGAUGUUUAUAUUUCCUAUCAUUUUGUAUUUAUGGUAUUUGGUACAACUGGCUGAUCCUAAGCACGAAUAGAUAUUGAUGUCAUGGAGUGCUGUAGUUUAAGUUUCUAACUGUGAGGCAUGUCCUGAUAUAUUUAUAGGCAGACAAUAAAACAGAGAAACAGAGCAAACUUUGUUUGCCACGUUUGCUAGAAAAUGAUUAUACUUUAUUGGAGUGACAUGAAGUUUGAACACUAAACAGUAUUGUAUGAGAAUUAUUAUAGAUAAUGUAUCUUUAGUUUUUUGUUUGAAUUUUCUGGAAUUGUUUUAUAGAAGAUGAUGGUUUGUUUUGGUGAGUGUUGGAUGAAAUACUACCUUGCACUAUUGUAAUAAAAGCUGUUAGAAUCUUUAUAAAUUUUUUUUUCUGUAGUGCGGUGGUCUUUGGUGUUCUGCUUUCUGCCUUUUUUUUUUUUUUUAAAGAUUUAUUUUUAUUUAUUUGAAGGACAGAGUUACAGAGAGAAGUAGAGACAGGGAGAGAGGUCUUUCAUCUGCUGAUUCACUCCCCAAAUGGCUGCAAUGGCUGGAGCUAAGCCAAUCCGAAGUCAGGAGCCAGGAGCUUCUUCUGGGUCUCCCACAUGGGUGCAGGGGCCCAAUGACCUGGGCCAUCUUCUACUGCUUUCCCAGCCAUAGCAGAGAGCUGGAUCGGAAGUGGAGCAGUGGGACUGGAACUGGUGCCCAUAUGAGAUGCCAGUACUGCAGGCAGCGGCUCUACCUGCUACACCACAGCGCCGGCCCCUGUGCUUUUUUAUUUUAUUUUUUUAAAGAUUUAUUUAUUUUAUUUGAAAGAGUUAGAGCAAAAGAGGGAGACAGAGAACGAGAAAGGAUAGAGAUCUUCCAUCUGCUGGUUCACUCCCCAAAUGGCUGCCAACAGCCAAGGCUGGGUCAGGCUGAAGCCAGGAGCUUUUUCUGAGUCUCCUACAUGGGUGCAGGGGCCCAAGCACUUGGGCCAUCUUCUACUGCUUUCCCAGGUGCAUUAACAGGGAGCUGGAUCAGAAAAUGUGGAGCAGCUGGGACUUGAACUGACACCCUUAUGGGAUGCUGGCGUUGCAGACAGUGGCUUAACCUGCUGCGCCACAGCACCUACUGCAUGGUUUUGCUUUUUUUUUUUUUUCCAUUGUUGUUUGUGAAACAGAGCAAGACAGAGAGCUCCCAUUCACUAAUUCACUCCCCAAAUGCCUGAAACAGUUGAGAGGUAGGGUGAAGCCAGGAGCUGGGACCUCAAUCCAGGUUUCCCACGUGGGUAGCAGGAACCCAAUGACUUGAGCCAUCACCUGUUGCCUCCCAGGAUCUGCAUUAGCAGGAAGCUGGAAUGGGGACCUGGGGAUGGAACUCAGGCCCUCUGAUAUGAGAUGGCAAACUGUUAGGACAGACACCCACCCCUCCAUAGUUCUUUCAAAGACUAUUGAAAUUUGAUUUGAUGAUUAAUGUCAAAUUUGUGGAAGCAAAUUUUUAAAAAUGAUUUAUUUAUUUAUUUGAAAGGCAGAGUUAAGGGGGCUGGGGGAGGAGAGACACACACAGAGAUACCUUCCUCCAUUGGUUACUCCCCAAGUCUGAGCCAAGCUGAAGCCAGGAGCUUGGAACUCCAUCUGGGUCUCCCACAGGAGUGGCAGAGGCCCAGGUACUUGGGCCAUCAUCUUCUGUCUUCCCAGGUGCAUUAUCAGGAGUUGGAUCAGAAGUGGAACAGCUGGGACUCAUACUGGCGCUCUGAUACAGGAUGCCAGUGUUGCAAAUGGUGGCUCAGCUUGCCGUGGCGCACCCCCCCCACCCCCAGGAAAUUUCUUAAAAUGAUGUGAACUGCUUGUUCCCCAGUGACCACUUCACCAGUGGGAGACAUGGAUGAUAAACAUGUUGGAAAUGUGUUGCUGUGGAUUCAUUCUGAGAGGAGAAGCAUGGUGGGGGCAAGAGGCGCGGAGCCACGACACAGACACUGGGAGUCCAGAAGUUGGGUGGAAGCAGGCUAGAGGCGGGCAGAUCGCAGACUCGUUUAUUCACUUGGUGCAGCAGCUUAUAUAGCAGAGGCAGCCAAUCCGGUCAAGGACCGGUUUAUGCCGUAACCAAUCACUGCCUGCUGCUAGGCAGGCUCCUUUGCCAGGUGGGUUCCACUGUCAUUUUCUGAGUAACUGAAGGUGUGUCUUGCUCGCUCGCCAGUGCCGUCUUGGCGUGGCCUUCUCAUUUCACCACAGAAAUGUUUUUUGGACUGUGGGUAUAGUGGAGUGGUGUUCCGCAUGAUUUCAUAACUUUAAAUGUAACUACUCUGACAUUUGCUGAGGAGAUUGCCGGCUUGAAAGGAAAUUUGUUAAAUUAAUAGAUUUAAGUUUACUCCAGUUUUUCAUAUCCUUAUAAUUAUGUUACCUUUAAACUGUUAGUUAUGGUGUUCCUUAUAAGUUGGGAGGUAUGUUUAACUGUUAGAAAAUUUGCCUUCAUAAAUGUUGGAUUCUAGUAUUUAAGUUUAAAAACAAGAUUAGGAACAAUAAACUCAGCAGUCUGCCUUA